AUGCUUAUCACUUUGCGAACCCGUUUCGGGGCGGGCGGUUGGUUGGGAUCAAGACGCGGCGACGGGCAGGCAAUCCCUGACCCACUUCCGAUGAGGCUGGCCUACCUCGUCAUGCUUGUGCUGUACGACCAAGCCUCCUCUCACAUUGAGUCCUGUUGCCGGAAUCGUGGUGUAUCGGAAGUUUGCUCGAGGGCACUUUGCCGCCUCGAAUCGCCACCGGGCGAUAUCGAGAGGUACACGAUUUUCGAGGCUCGCAGUGGAUGUGCUCAAUUUCUGCCGGAAAUCGCUGAGUGCAUUGUUGACGGUCGUGAUUCCAGCGAAUGUUGCCAGACGAAUGCCGUUCAAGCUGAUGAAAGCUCAUGUCUCGGUCUUUGCCGAGGGUCAUCGGACGGUGUAAGUCAUUGGAUCCGUUACCAAUCUUGUCUGUCUAUCAAUCUUCCGUCUAUGUACAGCUGCAUUCAGACUAGUCACACGAACACUCCUACACCACCUCAGCUAAUAAAAAUUGUGUCGAAAGCAAGCACUUCAGUGGAGAUCCAAUGGAGCGCACCAGCUAAAUAUUCCGACCUUGUUCACAUUUACAAGGUUCAUGUGAUCGAGACGUCAGGAAUGAAACAUGACGAAGUUGUGCAUUCCACCAAGCAAUUAUCCAUUACUCUGACGAAUCUAAAACCAGAUGGGAAAUACUCGAUAUUUGUAGUGGCACAUGCAUCAGAAUUAUCUAGGAAAUCCACUCCAUCAGAUGUGCUACACUUUUCUACAUCUACUAACGGGAACAUAGGGGUUAGCUACGCAUCCACUGUAUAUGUCCCACAGGAUGCACUAAAAGCAACAUUGGCAUGCCGACUAAGAAUGGGAGUCGGCGCGAGGAUGCACAUGGUAUGGGAGAAAAAAGUCGGAUCCACUUAUCGUAAGGUGGACGCAGUUCGUUCUAGAAUCACCACCUACGCUUCUGAAGAAGGCCCUGCGGUCCUAGUAUCAGCGCUCGAUAUUCGUGCACUGGAGGACUCUGAUUUCGGCACGUACAAAUGUCACGUUCGCGGAAACAGCAACGACUAUGGAGAGAUACAUCUUGUGGCUCAUUCCUUUGCUAUCGGGCGCCCACCGUUGAAUCCACCAGAAACACCACUUGAAUGUUGUUCCCGAGCUGUGUUCAGACCACAUUGUCAUUCCGUAUGCCACGCGGGCAGCGAAAGGAAGCGGGGACUUAAACCAGGAUCAUUUCUUCCGCAAUUCCGCUGUUUGGACGAAUUUCAAAGCCUCCUUCGCUGCACGUUGAGUGAAAUGAAUAGUGCUGGAUGCUGCAUAAGGAAAAAAAUACCAUAUCACUGCCUCGGCAUGUGUGAUAGCAAUUUCGAGCUGACGAGGCUUAUUGGUUCGAAUUGCCUAGAGUUUGAAAGCCAGGUUCGUCAGUGUCAAGCAGAAGUUCUGGACUUGCGUCCCGAGGCGGUGUCACAUCUUCAUACAAGAUCGGAAGCUGACGCAACGAUAUUAAACUGGGAUAGGAGUGAUAAAGCUGAAGUGUAUCAUGUAUACCAUCGCAGACGAAAGGGAGCAUGGAAAUCUAUGUCAAUCACAAAAACAACGGCACGAGUAAAGAAUGCCGAUGAGAUUCUUGUUCUUGCCGUGAACGCUUACGGGGAACUACGACUGACCCGUCUCGUGAUAUUAGUACAUUUCUUUAUCGAAACUGAUGUACAAACAAACGACCAUCAGGGAUUUCGCUCUUUCUAUUACACAUCGCGUAUCGUCUGUGUAAAUUAA